ACAAACUUCACCAACAUCCCUUACGGACAGGGUAAAAGAAGAAAUCUUAUUCUUCGAAACCAAACACUUUGGCAGUUGCAUUUUUUUGUGAACGUUUUUAUUUAUUUAUUUUUUUAUUGAAAAGUGAUUGAUUAGUUGGUUAAAAUGGUUUCAAGUGUUUGGUUAUCGAAAAAGCUGCUUUUUAUUGUCGCUGCAGCUGUCAUUAUGGGUGUCUUUUUGUUUUUCAACAAUUUAUACAAGAUCGAUCUUUCUUUAGUUAAUUUACCAUCUGCUGCUGAUUUAAAAGACUCUUAUUGUUCUACGCCCACUAAUUAUGUUGUACCUCCUCCUAGAAUUGCCCAAGCGGACAAGAAUGCCUAUGGACAGGCUAAGACCCUUCAUAAAGCAUUUGUUAAUGAAGAGGACACUCAAGCAAUCAAGUCCCAUGAAAUUGUUUUGCUUUUGGGAAGCAAUGGAAACACAGGCUCGUUUGAUCCUUCCAUCAUGGAUGAUGUUUUUGCCAACCGUUUGCAAUAUGUCAAGGAACACAACUAUAACUUUGAGUUUGUAGAUUUAAAUGGUAUUAACAUGCCGGCUGUUUGGGGCAAGAUGCCAAGCGUGAUUCAAAUGAUGGAAAAGUAUCCGACUGCGAAAUGGAUUUGGUGGUUAGAUCAAGAUGCCUUGAUUAUGAAUAACAGCCAAUCCUUACAAGACUUGUUUUUGUCUCCCGAGAAACUCAAAUCUUCUUUAUUGACGGAUCAACCCUUAUGGAGUCAAAUCAUAACUGAGGAGAAGAGACGUACUCCCUCUGCCUAUGAUAAUGAGAUGAUUGAGAAUGUGGAAUUUUUGAUUUCUGAAGAUCACAAUGGUGUAAAUGCUGGAAGCUUUCUCGUGAAAAAUACGGAAACGAUGGCUCUAUUCAUGGAUUUACUAACAGAACCUUUACUUGUGGAUUACAAAGUUGUGCGUCAUGAGCAAGAUCUUAUCGGAUUAAUGCUUCAUCACCAUCCUCAGCUUGCUGCCAAGUUUGGUAUCUUACCGCAAAGAUAUUUGAACGCCUAUCCUCAUGCUCCUACCGACAUGGAAUAUCAUCCAGGUGACCUGUUGGUACACUUCGCUGGAUGCUGGGUUGAAAAUAAAUGUAUGGAUCUUUGGGAAGAAUUCAAGCAGAAAUUGGUGUAAUUUGUGCUUCCAUCGACCUAAUCUCCUUUGCUAUUAAUUCCAAGGGGUGUUUUGUUUUCAUCUACUUGUGCAUAUAUACUGAUUUUAUGUGUAUUACUACCGCAUUUUGUAACAUUUUUUAUUGGGUCAGCUCUGUUGCUGACUCUUCAAUCAGUCCCCAUUUAUAAUAUUUAUUAUUUUAUUUAGUUUUAUAUUUUCCUUACUAAUCGCCUCGUUGGUCUGGUUUGAUUUGAAUACAUCUUUCCAUUGUUAUUCUCUUUUAUAUAUAUAUAUAUAUAUGUAUGUAUUUUGCAG